CGCACUUUCACUUGCCCGCUCGCCACUUUUUCUUCCUUGUUUCCCGGUUGCCGCCGCCAUUCAGCUCACAAUGGCGCUAAGUAUUGUCUCCGGGCUCCACAGAUAUUCACCGACAAAACAAGAAGAUGACUUCCAAAAGUCACAAGGCUAUGGGGGAGGGGGAAUGGAUGUCUGGCCUCCAGAGGUGUGCUGCCUCAGGUGUCUGGCCUUCUGAUGCUGGAAACAUGCCUCCCCUUUCGGCGAAAGAAACGGUUGGACCUCUUCAAUAAGGCUGUGAGCACAGCUGUGACAUCAGCAACAGUGUCCUCCACAUCCUGGACAGCAGCUCAGAGUCCCCAGAGGAGGCCGGCCCUUACAUUGUCAAUGCAAUUGUCCAGCUCUACCACUGCCACCACAACUUCUGCCUCUUCUGCCAUCUCCUCUGUCUCCUUGAGUCCCAGCCAUGGACCUCCCAGCCCUGCUACGUCCUCUGUGAGGACUUCACCAACAGGAGCUCCUGCAGACACUUCCUCUGCUGUUGGUGCUGGUACGCCUGCUCCUGCGGCUCAUGGUGUGGAUGUUGUACAAUCAGUGGAGGGUCUGCGUCCGUUGUCCAGCAUGUAAUGAGGUGUACAGUCUGUUGCCUCACAUGUCUGGCAACCAGCAAGAUAUGUGUCACCAUAUCUCCAGACGGUUUUACUGAUGUCUUCUAGCUUUUCAUAAAAUCGUGGAAACCAGGAUGGGCUGCCACGGUUUCAGCAGGAGGUCCGGCGUGCCGGGCACAGAAGGCUGGAUCGCCCCUGAGGUUUUUAGUGAGGACUGCAAAAAAAACCCAACGUGUGCUGUUGACAUCUUCUCUGCUGGUUGUGUUUUCUACUACGUGGUGUCUCAGGGAAGCCACCCAUACGGCAAAUCUCUGCAGAGGCAAGCGAACAUCCUGCUGGGAUCACACAACCUGGAUCACCUGCAGACUGACAAACAUGGAGACAUUGUAGCCAGGGAUCUAAUAGAGCAGAUGCUGAGCAUGGAGCCACAGAAGUGGCCUUCAGCUGAGAGCGUUCUCAAACAUCCUUUCUUCUGGAGCCUGGAGAAGGAGCUGCAGUUCUUCCAGAAUGUGAGUGACAGAAUAGAAAAGGAGCUGCUGGACGGACCAAUCGUGAGACAGCUGGAGAGAGGAGGGAGGGCUGUAGUCAAGGGUGACUGGAGGGAGUGCCUCUGCAGACAGUGAUGUGCAGCUGACAGAGGAAGCGAUCUGCCGUUACCUGAUCUGUAAACCGAUGACCACCAAAGACCUGCUGACUAAGUUCCAGACAAAGCGCACAGGUUUGAGCAGUGAGCAGACUGUCAUCGUGCUGGCACAGCUCUCAACCCAGAGCGCAAGAACGUCAACGACAAAAUGCACUUUUACCUCACAGAGUAACCAAGCUGGGAAAGAGCUAGAAAUAAAUCCAGGUGACACGUUUUUGGAAAACUAGGAAUUGGAAAAGAAAUGUUUGCGUCAGGAAAUGCUAUACUCUUACCUGGAUGGCAGUAUUAAAACAGAUUUUUUUGGUAGCUUGUUUCUCAUCGAUAUCUCACAUAAUACAACAGAAACCUGUA